AUCUGACCAAAGAAAAAUAAUAAUAAUAAUAACAAUAGUGUAUUUCACAACCGCUGCCGCUUUCUCCCUCGGAACGUAAAACCCUAACGCCCGAAAUCGAAAGCAGAAAAAAUGGAACCCAAUUUCGAAACCCUUAUUAUGCUUGAGCACACUCGCAAAAUUGCUGAAGAGAACUACGCAAGGGAUCCUCUCGACACUGAUAAUCUAACCAAAUGGGGAGGAGUAUUGGUUGAAUUAUCUCAAUUUCAGAAUCCUGGAGAUGCCAGGAAUAUGAUGAAAGAUGGUAUCUCAAAGUUGGAGGAGGCUUUGGCGAUCAAUCCCUUGAAGCAUGAAGCCUUAUGGUCACUAGGGAAUGCGAACACCUCUUAUGCAUUUUUGACACCUGAUUACACUGAGGCAGAGGUUUAUUUUGAUAAAGCAACUGAAUAUUUCCAAAGAGCAGCAAAUGAGGAUCCAGGCAAUGAGCUCUAUGGCAAGUCUUUAGAACUCACUUCCAAGGUACCAGAGUUGCACAAGGAGAUCCAUGGGGCUGGAAGUAUUGAGCGGGAGGCUUCUGCAUCUUCUAGUGCAAAUGUAAGAAUCAUACAUAUCUGUUCUUGUUUAAUGCUUCCUACCUCUCUCUGUGGGUUAUUUGUUUCUAUAAUUCUCUUUGAGCAUGCACUAAAGUUUCUGGUUAAUAUAAUUUUACAAGUUUGAUUGAAUUAAAUAUAAUCUUACAAGUUUUUGGAAGCUAGUUGUAAAAUAAACUUGUAUGUUUGUGUUGUGCCUUGUCGGGAAAUAGACAAAUAGUACAUAUAUCAAAUGUAACUUUACGGUCAACUCGGUUGGUUCCCUUUCAUGAAACUUUUCUCACUGCUGUCUAAGUUUAUCUGGCUAAGCCAAUGGAUUGGACCACCAGUUCAAUUUGAUAUUGCUGUGGCCAUGAGAAUGUGCACCAGAAAGUUGAGACA